AUGGGCUCUGGCCAGUUUUUGCAACCUUCCUACAAUCCGCAGUUCCCCAAUCCCUUGCUUGCGGCAGAAGCUAUCGGAGGACCUGGUUACUUUACUAGGCCUCCUCCCGAAGCUCAGUUCUUCUCUCUCCAAGAUGGCAGCUCUGCUGGGGAUAUGCUUGGCCAUUUCGGCAAUCUAAGUGGCAACCAUCCUCUCAAUGUUCAUUCGGGGACAACCAUGACACAACCCUUGAGUAACCAUUGGGAGUUCGAUAUGUUGGAUGAUGAGGCCUCUUUGCCUGAUUCUGACGAUGAUUUGCCAGACGUGAGAGGCAACUUGCCACCGAUAAAAAACUUGGUCCCUGAGCGUUGGACUGUAAGUCCCGUCGAUGUCAGCGUCUUUUCGGCCUUCGCCCAAAGCGACGAUGUUCAAGCACACAUGGAGACCCCUUAUUCCUCUGAAUUCUGGGCUAGUGGCCUUAACACGAUCUUCAUGCAUUUCAUCAAUGUAACUGGGCCCGGGAUCUCAAUCUUCGAAGGAGACAUUUCUUCUCCUUUAGAUAGAUCCAGAAGCAAAGCAACAGCUGGAUCUGGAAAGAGCCUAUGGAGCUAUGCAAUUCCCUCGCUGGCGCUUCAACAUCUCGGCCUAUUUCAUGCGAUGCUCGCAUUGGCAAGCCUCCAACUCGCAAAGCUUCGAGACAGCCCUCCCACAGCAGCCUUGAGGCAUUAUCACCGUGCCAUACGCCGCAUAGCGAAAAGCGUGAAGUCGCCCUCCAAGAGGACGCAGCCGGCAACUCUUGCUGCCACUCUCUUGCUCAGCUACUUCGAGGUCUGGUCAUCUGAUCACACCAAGUGGUGCAAUCACUUGUUUGGCGCUAGGAUUCUAUUCCGCGAGAUGUCUUUAGGAGAGAUGACUCGAUCAUGUUUCCCGGCGAAACGCAUGCGACAACGCCAGGAAGCCAGAGGAUAUCAACUAGGACACAUAGGCUCCUAUAUAUAUGGCACUCAUUGCCACCCAGCAUCAUCACAGAGCGCACAACAGUCUCUCGACUAUGAUUUCUUGAAUGUCAUCACAGGACUUACUUUGUCUCCAGAAGCCUAUGGUGACGGAGAGGGGCAGCUUCCGGACGUGAAAUACUCUUCUGUAACCGACAAGGAAAUUGAAAAAUACGAUAUCAUAUGCGAUCUAUUCUGGUGGUACUGCAAAAUGGAUGUCUAUCAGAGCAUCUUGGGAGGAACGAAGUUAUUAUAUGGCACGUAUGACCAUUUGGUUUUGUUGCUUGGCCGCCUUUCAGACUUUGUGUCAAAAGAUUUAUCCCGGAAACAGAAGGCUAUAGAAGCUAAGGGGGAGAAUGCUGGAACUGGAUCCCCCCCAAUGUUCCCAGGCAUGUUCCCGACGUUUGGGAAAGUGCAGGCCCCCAUGGGAUUUAGUCCUCCACGGGAUGGCACGCCGCACAGUGAUUCUCAGGAUGACGUUGACCCGGAAGCCACUUACGAAGCUGCGUUGCAAGAAUGGAAUGCCAUUUACAGUUCCUUUGAGGUAUUCAAGAGCCGCCUUGGGCCCGAAUUCCAGCCCCUCGGCGAUGAACCUGACGGUCCAAGAAGGACAAAAACGCCUUUUGGGGACCCGAUAUACUUUCGAACGUACUCUAUCGCUGGCAUCUGGAUGAAUUAUUAUAUGGGAUUCAUUCACCUUUAUCGAAGCCAUCCCUCAAUGCCGCCAGUUGCAAUGAGGGCAGCGGGGCUGAUGGCUAAGAAGACGGCGGGUUUUGCUCUCAAGAUCGGACAGAUUGCUUCUGGGCUUGCUGCCGACUGCUCAGAGUACGCGGUGAUCAAUACAUAUCUCGGUGCUGCCCUCAUUGAGAGUUCUUUCUGCGUCUUCGUAGCAGGUGUACAGUAUAAUGAAACCAGGCAGAGAGAAUGGGUCAUCCAGAGAAUGCAUGAUAUCGCGCGCCUGACUGGAUGGCAAUCUGCGAUGCAGAUUGCUUGUGGCUGUGAAUCGGCAUGGAUAAAAUCUAGCACGAUGGGAGGGCCGGAAUAUACACGACCAACAAUCAUCAACAAUGUCCCGUCUACAAUAUGGAAGAACCCUCGCCGCAUUGAUAAGAAAAUCGACGAAUCUGAAUCGGGCGAAGAACGGCGGUUAGUACUGGCCAAGGCUGAAAGAACACAUUACGCAAUCGGGAUACUAGCAAUCGAAACAGAACUCGCGAGACUCGAACUUCGAGACGAUUUAAACUAA